AGAACGCUCAAAAGUGUAGGAAGGUGCACGUAAAGCUGCACCUGCAGCGUCAAAACUUAUCUGUCAGCUGGAUAAAUAAAUAAUACAUUUUUCUCUGCAAAAAUCGCUGUUUAUUUUAAUUGGCCAAAUCGUACGAGCUGCUUCCAUUGAAAAUUGAUGGUUUAAAAUCGCCGGUGCGCUUAUCUCUUGUCUCACAAGGUCGGUGAGCGUUACGUCAAACGCGGCUGGAACGAUUACCCUCAAAAUGAAUUUCGGAAGAGUGGCUAAUAUUAAUGUUUUUCGCAAGAUUCGACAGCUCGAGACGCUGGUGAAGCCCGGUGGUUUACUCGUGCGAAGCUGUAAUCCAACGCAGUUCCCCAAAUCCACGUCGAGUCUCGCGAAUCUGAAUCGCUCUGUGAUUUCUAAUGCGAGCAAUUAUCCAAAAUGCAGUAUUCUAUCCAAGUUGUCUGCACAAUCGACAGUCAGCAUGACCCAGACUCGUGCGGCGAGCGCUCAUGGCGAUCACGUACGUUUGUGGGUGAUAGAGAGAAUAGUGUCCGCAUCCUUCCUGUCGCUAAUACCCACCGCCUUGCUGUUAGAAAAUAAAUUUAUCGAUAUACUACUGGCAGCUGUCGUUGUCAUGCACAUGCAUUGGGGCUUGGAAGCUGUCAUUCUUGAUUACGCACGGCCCAUCGUGGUGGGGCCACUGAUCCCAAAACUGGCGUUCUUAAUGCUGAAUCUAGUCUCCGCCGCGACUCUCGCCGGUCUGCUCGUGCUAAUCUAUAACGGCCCUGGCCUUACGAAGGUCAUUAAAAAUGGCUGGGCAAUAGGUAAAGACAGACAGAAAGCCAGUUAAACAGUAUUACUGCAGCAGAAAUCAUUGUUUUCUUGUUUAACGUAUGAAUAACUUUUUAAGAUGGUAGUUUAUAUAAAUUAUUCCGGAAUAAAUUAUUUACUUAUUCGCAACGAA